UAUUUUAGGAUAGGCUAUCUAAGCUGCUGUGACUAACCAGAAAGACAGGCAUAGGCUGAGAAGAGCGACAGCAGCUAGCACAAAGCCAUCAAAAGAAAUGGUCUUCUAACAUGCAAAUUCUUUCCUAGAUUUUUAUUUUCCUUGAAUUAAUUGUGCCUUUCUUUUUCUUUUCCAUUUUCAUAUAAUUUUAAACACAUUAAAGUUAUACAUUAAAAGAAAGAAUCAACAAACCAAAACUUUCCUAACUAUUGAACAAAGAAGAGCAGGAAAUGACUUCUACCAAGAUUCUUAUUAAAGGAGGCAAGGUGGUGAACGAUGACUGGUCACGAAUCAGCGAUGUCUACAUUGAAGAUGGCAAAAUUAAAGCUGUUGGGAUAAAUCUACCAUUGUCAGGAGAUGUAAAUGUAGUGGAUGCAACUGACAAGCUGGUGAUCCCGGGCGGAAUUGACACUCACACACACAUGGAAUUCUCCUUCAUGGGUGCCAAAGCAGUGGAUGACUUCUACAUCGGAACUAAGGCUGCUCUAGCUGGGGGCACUACGAUGAUUCUAGACUUUGUCAUACCACAAAAGGGUCAAUCACUCCUUGAAGCCUUUGAAAACUGGAAGAGCUCUGCAGAUCCAAAAGUUUGCUGUGAUUAUUCUUUGCAUGUGGCUGUCACAUGGUGGAGUGAGAAGGUGAAAAAGGACAUGCAGAUUCUGGUAGAAGAAAAAGGUGUCAACUCCUUUAAAAUGUUUAUGGCAUAUAAAGAUGUCUUCAUGCUGCAAGACCAUGAGCUGUAUCUGGCAUUUUGCCACUGUAAAGACCUUGGUGCUGUUGCUCAGGUACAUGCUGAAAAUGGACACUUGAUUGCUGAGGGUGCUAAGAAAAUGCUAUCAAUGGGAAUCACGGGGCCAGAAGGACAUGAAUUGUGCCGUCCUGAAGAAGUGGAGGCAGAGGCUACCCAGCGUGCCAUCACAAUAGCAAAUUCUGUGAACUGUCCACUCUACAUUGUUCAUGUGAUGAGCAAAUCUGCUGCCAAAAUUGUAGCUAAUGCACGCAGAGAAGGAAAAGUCGUCUUUGGUGAGCCAAUUGCAGCAGGUCUAGGAACAGAUGGUUCUCAUUACUGGAAUGAAGAUUGGGCUCAUGCAGCAAAAUUUGUCAUGGGCCCCCCUUUGCGACCAGACCCCAGCACCCCUGGAUACCUUAUGGACUUAUUGGCCAAUGAUGAUCUCAGUGUGACUGGAACAGAUAACUGCACUUUCAAAAUCUGCCAAAAAGCACUGGGAAAAGAUGACUUCACUAAAAUUCCAAAUGGAGUAAAUGGUGUAGAAGAUCGUAUGUCUGUCAUAUGGGAGAAGGGAGUGCAUACAGGAAAAAUGGAUGAAAAUCGUUUUGUGGCAGUUACAAGCAGUACUGCAGCAAAAAUCUUCAAUCUUUAUCCACAGAAAGGAAGGAUAGCCAAAGGUUCUGAUGCAGAUAUUGUUGUCUGGGACCCAUCUACUACCAGAGUAAUUUCUGCUCAAACUCAUCACCAGGCAGUUGAAUAUAAUAUUUUCGAAGGCAUGGAAUGUCAUGGAGUUCCUGUGGUUACCAUCUGUGGGGGUCAGGUGGUCUAUAAAGAUGGAAUAUUACACGCCACACCGGGGCAAGGAAGAUAUGUUCAUCGUAAUGCCUUCUCUGAAUUUGUGUACAAACGUGUGAAGCAAAGAGAAAAGGUCAACAAGCCAAAGCCUGUAAGAAGAGUCCCUUAUGGAGGACCCAUCCUGUCAGUCAGCAAUCAAAAUGAAGUGAUGAGUCUGGAGAACGAAAACUUUCACCAAUAAAAUAUUUAUAGUUUCCUUUCCUUGUUUCCUUUUUAAAGUUUUAUCAACCCUGUCCUGCCCUGUCCCAUUUAAAAUUUCUUUUUACAUUUUCUAGACUUUGUUUAGGAAAAAAUAUUUUUUUUUCUUCAUAAAAGCAUAACAAAUAAUGAAAGAAGAAAUUAAGAGACUCUGGUUUAAUUCAUAGCAAUGCAAUUGUUUCCCUCUUCAGUAUAAUUCUUUUCUGAAUUUCAUCAAAGUAAUGAAUUUGUUUUAAUUUUUUUUCAUAAAUAAAAAUUAUUAGGAUAUUCAAAGUUA